AUGGAUUCUAAAUCUGGCAGCCUUGGGGCUGUAAUCACUGCUUGCGGACUCGCUCUGCUGGCUUAUUCAAUAAGCCUAGGGUUUUUCAGAUUGUUCAUUCACCCACUUGCCAGAUUUCCAGGCCCACGAUUGGCCGCUUUGACAUCCUGGUACGAGCUUUAUUGGAAUGUUGUGAAAGGGGGCAAGUUUCUGUGGGAAAUUGAACGACUUCAUCAGCGCUAUGGACCAAUCGUCCGCAUCAAUCCGGAUGAGCUACACAUCGCCGAUCCCGACUUCUACCACGAAGUGUACGCCCCGCCAUGGAAGAAACAAGACAAGGAGAGAAACUACGUCCAGCUCGGAGGACAGGCAGGCUCAGCCCUGACAACAGUGGACCACGAUCUUCAUCGAUUACGAGCCUCCGCUAUAGUCCCAUUCUUCUCCAAACAGGCCGUCGAAAACAUGGAGCCACUCAUCAAAAGCAAAAUAAAUCGCCUCUGCGCAUACUUCGACACCUGCAUUGGAGAGGGCAAUGUGGUGAUAUUCAGCCACGCUGCGCUCGCAUUGACCGUGGAUGUCAUUUCCAGCUACGCCUACGGCGAGAGCUACGACUGUCUUGAACGAGCUGAUCUUGGAUCGGAGUUUCGGGAGAUUUUGGUCUCCGCGAACGAGGGAUAUGCGAUCCUGCGGCAUUUUCAUUGGCUGCAUGCCGUCAUGCAUUGGCUUCAUCAGUGGGGUUGUACUACCUCGCCUUACAUCAGGUGGCAGAAGCGCAUUGCGGACCAGACUGUUUCGGUUUGUAAGCUCCAUAGGGAGGGGAGGUUGCCGGCUGGGACUGUAUUCCAGGCUAUUUUGGAUAGUAAUCUUCCUGAUGCAGAGAAGGAAUCGUGGAGGUUGAAUAUUGAGGCGCAAACAUUGCUUCAUGCAGGUAGUGAGACUUCGGCUAAGACGCUUGAGAUUAUUAUGUUUUACCUUCUUGAUGAUGUUGUCAAAUUGGAGCGACUUAGGGCUGAGCUGAAGACGGUUAUGCCCGAUCCGACAAGCCCUGUUUCGUGGAAUCAGCUGCAGUCUCUGACGUAUAUGUCAGCUGUCAUUCAAGAAGGCAUCAGGUUACAAUUUGGAAUCACGACCAGAAGCCCGCGGAUCUCCCAUACCGCGCUUCAAUACAAGGACUGGAUCAUUCCCGCCGGAACACCUGUCAGCACGCUGACUUGGUUUGUUCACACCGACGAAACUCUAUUCCCCCGUCCAUUUGAAUUUGAUCCCGAUCGGUGGAUAAGGGCUGCACAAGGUGGCACCAGACUGGACAAAUACCUGACCUCCUUUGGCAAAGGCAGUCGACGCUGUUUAGGCAUCAACUUGGCAUAUUGUCAGAUCACUAUCACCCUGGCGAUGCUCAUCCGGCGUUUCCAGUUCCGGCUGUUUGAAACUACCGUCGAGGAUGUUACACCAGCUCGCGACUGCUUUAUUGCUUAUGCCGCGAAGGGUCGGAAAGGUGUACGAUUGAGGGUGGUUGGGCGAGUCGAUCGGUAA